GCUUGCGACAAGCUCGACUGCGCACCUGUCGCUCACGAGGGCUACCGAGCCUAUUUGACCCGCAUGCUCGAGCAUCUAGAGAAGAAGCUGGAUACAAACGCGAACUGGACCUUCCACGAGAGCAACGACAAGAAGUGCAGGCAGGUCCCAGAGAUUGUGCAUCGCUGCUAUGAGACCUGUGAUGGCAUCAUCAGCAUCGUGAAGCCGAAGAAUGAGACCAUGCCGGGGGCUUGCUGCGCACCCCGGUCCUCCGCCGAGACUGAGACCUGCAACAUUCUCAAGUCGAGGAGGGAAGCCUGGGAAGACUAUGACACCUGCUACGAUGCAGCUGCCACCAACUGGGACACUGUGAAGACCGAGCACGAGUCUGAGGGUGUUUCCCGCAUGGCGCAGAUGCGCUCCGUUCUUCGCAUGACCUGCCUCAUUGGCUCGUUUGGGCCCAACCAGAGCACCAAGCUCAAAACAUGCAUGGAGACGAGCUACGUCAACGAUCCUGCUGUCCUGCAGAUGAAGAUCGAUGCAGGUGACAUUGCCACCUACCACGAGAAGCUCGAAAUCUUCAAAUGCAAUGCGAGCGAAGUACCAGGAACCGACGAGUUCGAUGCUAUCCACUACGCGAACCUGCCGAAGGGCCUCAGCGCCUGCCCGGUCGUGUCUUGCGAGGAUGCUUGCGGGCUCUCCGACACUUCCAAACAGUUCAAGGAGGUCGAGGUCUGCGUGGCUUUGGAGCCCUGGCAGAGCACUCCCAUCGACACCGCUAUGGGCUGGAGCAAGAUGGGCGACGCGUAUGCACUGGGCGCGCAAGUGACUUGCGAAAGCUCCUUCUUCUGGAAUGUCGGUUCUGGAAGCUGCCAGUAUGCCAAGUGCCCAGAGAACUCCCUUCGCAACGUGGAGGACGGCGCUCCGAACAUCACCGUCCCCAACAAGGGCCCGGGGGAAUGCCCAUGCAAGACGAAGAUGCAGCGCCGCAUCGAGGAGGCGAAGGUGCAGAGCAAAACCGCGUUGACGGCCACAUGUUUCUCUGGGUUGAGUCAGCAAGGUGCCGUGUACUGGGACUUUGGAUCCUCCCAGCCGGUCGGGAAGGUGGCUGCCCAGGUGAACCCUGGCACCUCUGAAAUUGAGGUCUUCAUCACCGACAAGGGCCCCGGAGGCAGCCUCCAGACCUCAGAGUCCUGCGGAAAGAUCUCGAGCCAGAGCUCGGCGGACUGCGUCUCACACUCUGGUGGUCGCUUCUUGGUCUUGAAGGGCCUAGCCGAUUGCUUCGGUGGCACAAGUUGCAAGCCCACCUGGUGCAACAUGACUGUGGAAGGCACUGCCAUGAAGCAG